GUCGCGAUGGUUUUAUGGGGGGAUAUAUAAAAAACGAGUUGCGAUCAUGCACGUCGUUAAUACUUCAGCGGUCAUUGCGUAUAAUACAAUGAUGGAAAAAGGGAUUUCAGAAUUCAGAGUCGAAAACUCCGAUCAUCGCGAUCGUUUGUUAUAGCUCAUAUUGUCCUAGCGACCGUUUAACAAUAAUUGGGAAAACAAGCAGCCUAUCACAAAGGUAAAUACGGCCAAGGCACUGUUGAUUUAACAAAUUUCGUUAACUAGUUCACAUGUUUAUUUGGAUCAAGGGCAGGCUCUUGAGCGAGACAAUGGAUAUAUCGAAUAUAAAUACAUCAAAUCAUGUUUAAAAGACGAUAAAAAACGGGACACCGAUUAUUCUGCCAGUGCCAUACCAGUUGAUAGUGCGAUGGGUUCAGAGGUUUUGCUUAUAUUUUUAGGAGUGAUUUUCGUUUCUCAAGCCAAUAAGAUUCCCGAGAAACUAUGUUCACUAGAGGAAGAAGUUGCAAUAUCAAGAGACAUUUCGCUAGCAAGUUCAGGAGAGAUAGAUGACUUACCUCCAGACGUUAAAUUCAGUAUAGCUAAGCUCGUUAGAGAACUAUUAGACAGACUAAAAGGAAUUCUUGAAAAGUUGCUAGAUUUUGCUAGCAAACAGUUUCAAGCAGCAUUGGCGAAAGCAGAUGGAGUAAUCAGGAGAAUAGAAGAACUAGCCAAAUCAAAAAUUCAAGGAUUAGCGGAUGCAUUGGAAAUACAGGUUCAAAAGUUUAUAGAUCAAGCUGAACAAAGAGGUAUGAAUAUAAGUGAGUGUGUCACACCAAAAGUAGAAAUAUUCGAAAACUCAAUUGCGCAACUUCUUCAAGCGCUUAAUGCAGAAAUAACCACAGCCCUACAAGAAGAAGCAGCCAGAAUGGAAGCAUCUUUGAGCAAGAUAAGACAAACAAUCGAUAAGAUUGAGAUCAAUCCUUGCGAGGGAAGUCUUCUAGAUGAAUUCACAUGUUGGACAUCACAACUAACCAAGGUGUCCAAUGCUUUGUUGCACAUACCCACACAAGUGUCAAGGCAAAUAACGAAUACCUUGGUAGACAUGGGUAACCUCUCCUUGAAAGUUGUUGCGUCUGCCCAUCAGACAGUCAAGGAAGCUGAGAAAUUAGGACAAUUCACUGUUGAUGACAUUCAGAAGUGUAUUCUAUCAGUCAAAUAAAAUAAUUAGUAAUAACGAGAUAUUUUUCUUUAUUCCAAGUGCGUUCAGAAAUUUGACUAACACCACCGUUCGUCAGAUCAAGGACAACUGAUAAUGCUCCUUGGCGAGUUUAAAAUAAUAUAUGUAAUAAUAAACGAGUUUUUGGCCAUUAAAAACAUUACUGC